UGAAAAGGUGUUUGAAUCUGCUAUUUUCCCUCUUUCUUUUUCCGCCUUUACUAUUUUUUUAAAUAAAUCAAAUUUGGCACUUUUUACUCUUUCACUCAUAUCCUUUUUUGCAAGUUGUCCACACCAUCGCCAAAUAAAAAAUACAAAAAUAGACCAUGAGUAACAAUAACCGUGCCAUCAGCGUAGUCAUCGUAGGCGGAUCCUAUGCAGGAGCAACCGCAGCCAAGCAGCUCGCAGGACUGGCCAAAGGCAACUACCCUAACCUCAAAGUAACCCUGAUUGACAAAAGCACGCACUAUUUCCACGCUGUGGGGUUCCCCAAGGCGCUUAUCAACGAGGAUUACGCCUCAGAGUGCUUCCUCCCCUUUUCCAGUCUUUUUGAUCCCAAGUCCAACCAUGAGUUUGUGCACAGCAAGCUCAGCGCAAUCAAGGACGCUCACCAUGUGCAAGUGGAGGGUGGCCGCGAGAUCUACUUCGACUAUUUGAUUUUGGCCACAGGCAGUCAGUCGCCGGGCCCAAUCAACCCGGUGGCGACAAACAAGGCCGAUGGACUGGAGGAGAUCGCGCGGCUGCGCGAUGGGAUUCUCGAGUCUAACACUGUGAUGGUUGUCGGCGGUGGAGCAGUCGGUGUCGAGAUUGCCGGGUUUUUGGCAGAGGCGUACCCGGCUAAAAAAGUGACGCUGGUGCAUAGUGGGUCUAGACUGUUGCCAAUGAACUUUCGCGAGAGCAUCGGCACUGGUGCUGUGACUAAGCUGAAGCAGCUCGGGGUUGCAGUUAUUCUGAAUGAGCGUAUUGAGAUACCCGAGGACCCCGAGUACGCUGCUCAGGUGAAGGGACAGGUUUUGCGCGGGUCCUCUGGAACCGAGUACCAAACUGACGUGCUGAUCAAGGCUAUUGGUCUGCGCAUCAACUCGGAUUUCCUCGCUCCUCUCGAGUUGGCCGCUACAACUAAGCUGCGCGCCGCCGGGCCUGUUCCCUUUAUCCGCGUGCUGCCUACGUUGCAGUUGGCUGAGCCAUUGUUUCCCAAUAUUUUUGUUGCCGGCGAUGCCAACGAUCUGCCAAUGUCUGCCAAGUACGCGUUCAAGGCUGAGAUGCAGGGCGGUACGGCGGCUGGGAAUGUCAAGCGCAUGGUCGAGGCCGGCUUUGACCAGGAAUUCGCCCAUGCUACGGCUGUUAGUGCCAAGGCCGCUGCCGAUGUUAUUGUGCCGUCGCUCAGUAAGUGGUCGGACAUGGUUGAUGCCAUUAUUGUGCCCAUUGGAUCACAGAUGGGUGUCAUUCAGGUCACGAAGAUCACCUUUGGAUGCUCUGGUAUUGCAAAUUUUAUCGUGCGCCAGCUAAAAUCGAAGGACUUUAUGCUGUGGAUGCGCAAGCCCCUGUUCAAGUACAGGGCUGCCCAAGACUAGUUAGAAGUAUAAUAAAUUUUUAUUAAUAGCAAAAUAAAAAAGUCUUCUUUCAGCUCACUUGUCAAACUCGGUGACGCGGCCCUUGUGGUGCACAUAGAUUUU